AUGGUCUCCUUUCUGCUGCGGCCGAAUGAGGCUGCAUCCUAUAGCUCCAGCACAGGGACGCCUUCCAGCUCUCAAUAUACGCCGGUUUCUGAAGAAGCCGACGACGAGCAUGGCUCGUCCAGCUCAAACCGGUCACCAGCUGGGGCUUUAAGAUUGCAAACCGAUUUUCGAGCCGACAGCGACAAUGUCUCCGGCGAUGAGGGCCAAGAUGAAGGUUACGACUCUUAUGACGAACAAGGAGCAAAACCCAAGCGGGCAAAUGCAUCUCCAAAGUACACGUCUGCGGAGGAGCAAGAAGUCGUGAAGAAAUUCGACCGCAAGCUGGUGCCCUUCUUGGCUCUCCUUUACCUGCUCUCGUUUCUAGAUCGAUCCAAUAUUGGAAAUGCAAAGAUCGCCGGGCUCAUGGACGACCUGCGUCUUUCAUCCCCACAGUAUGAAUGGGUCUUGACAUCCUUCUACAUCACGUACAUUCUCUUCGAGUGGAUGACGCUGAUGUACCGUGUCGUUCCACCGCAUAUCUACAUCUCCCUCUGCGUCUGCGGCUGGGGUCUCGUCGCAUCGCUUCAGGCACUAGCGACUUCAUUUGGCGCCCUCGUGGUCCUGCGAGCGCUGCUCGGCAUCACGGAGGCGGCCUUCGGCCCCGGAGUGCCCUUCUACCUGUCGCUCUUCUAUAAGCGGGAAGAACUCGCUUUUCGAAACGGGUUGUUCAUCUCUGCGGCGCCGCUGGCGACUUCGUUCGCGAGUAGUCUGGCUUGGCUGAUUGUUAAGCUCAGCAGCAACGGGCCAAUUGCGCCCUGGCGCACCCUGUUCCUGGUCGAGGGGUUCCCCAGCGUACUUGUCGCUGUCUUUGCGUGGAUUCUGAUCCCCGAUUCGCCAGGGACUGCCCGUUUUCUAAAGCCCAGGGAGAGGAUGGUAGCUCAGCUACGGCUGGGAGAGAACAAAGCCAGUUAUCAGGAGUCGACGCCCGGGAAAUUCAAUUGGAGCGAAGUUUGGCAGGCGUUGGCGGAUCCCAAGUCCUAUGUCACAGCUGUUAUGUUCUUCAGCUGCAACGUCGCAUUUAGCUCGAUGCCCGUUUUUCUACCCACGAUCAUAGAAGACAUGGGUUACUCCGCACUCUCCGCCCAAGCCCUCUCUGCACCCCCUUACCUCGUCGCCUUCAUCGUGGUGCUGGCCACCGCAUACGCAUCAGACCGCAGCCGCUCCCGAAGCCCCUACCUCAUCGCCCACGCGCUCCUCUCCUCAGCCGCUUACCUCGCUAUCGCACUCACAGGCUACUACCACACCCACAUGGCCCCCGGCCUCAACACCUUCAUCCGGUACGCGUGCGUCUACCCCGCCACCUCCGGCUUCUUCUCCGCCAUCACUCUGAUAAUCACCUGGACGAUGGACAACCGCGCCGCGAAGGAGGGCAAGGGCGCCAGCAUAGCGAUUCUGAAUCUCAUCGGGCAGUGUGGGCCGUUGCUGGGAACGAGGCUAUACCCGCGCGCGGAUGGGCCGUGGUAUGUGCGUGGGAUGGCGACGUGUGCAUUCUUCAUGGUCGUAGUGGCUGCUCUGGCGGUUGUGUUGAGGGUUAUCCUGCAGAGAGCGAAUCGGGCCGCGCCGGGGUCGGGUGCAGAUAUUGAGAUGGAGAUGCAGCUUGAGAGAGGGGAAAGGGAGGUGCUUAUGGGUGGAGGUGGAGGUCAUCACGUUGAAGAGAAAUUUGUAUAUAUUAUCUGA